UUUGGGUUUUGGCGAAGUAGUGCCAUUCAAGCUUGACUCUUAUCCAAAAGAGUGUCUUCAAUCUACAACGGCUUCCUCUGCUCGCAAAAGGGAGAAGAGAGUGGAAGAAGAUGGCGCUAGGGCUCUCGUUACCUUCCUCCCAUCCUCUUUACUCCUGCCCGUUCCACCCUUCAAGCUCGUUUUCAAACAGAAAAGCAUUCUCUCUUCCAUCUCUAAUCUCUUCAUUCCACGGCAUCCGAAUCCAUGGCGGAGCUGCUAAAGCUCUUGGGCCACCGUUCUUUCGUGGGAGUGGAGGAAGCUUUCUGAUUAGGGCUUCGAAGAGAGAGGAGGAGUUGAAGGAGCUACGAGGUCGGACGACGGAUGUGCUAAACGAGGAGGUCAUCGACCUUAAGGGGGAGCUUUUCAUGCUCAGGCUUCAGAGGUCUGCCAGGAAUGAAUUCAAAUCUAGCGAGUUCAGACGCAUGAGGAAAAGGAUUGCGCGCAUGCUUACUAUAAAGAGAGAGAGGGAGAUUGAAGAAGGAAUAAACAAAAGGCUAUCAAGGAAGCUUGACAAAAAAUGGAAAAGGAGCAUUGUGGUUAGGCCACCUCCAUCUUUGAGGAAGAAGCAGGAGGAAGACCAGAAUGCAGCAGAGACCAAAAAAUCUGCAUAGGUUCUUCAUAUUCUGAAUGUUUGUAAUCACAUAGAUUUUGCUGUUGGUUUUUGCUAAUAUUAUUUCUUAUUUUCUUUCUUUUGGAUGACUUUGCAUUUAAAAAAAAUCAUGUCUUACUAUUUCUUAUAUGCAUAUCUGCUAGAUUACUCUUACAUUCAUGAGGCAAGCUCUGCAGCCUUAGUUGGCCAGUCAGUCUCUUUCUAACGGAAAAAUUUUCGCACGUAAAGUUAUAGAUGGAGUCCGAUAAAAUUUUGUCA